AUCCACUUGGUCACACCCACUUGCAUCAUCAACUGGGGCUACUUUUGCCACUGCAGCAAAGACAAGAGAGAGAAGUUGUAGCAGAUGAGCCAUGGCUACCACAUCCAUAUCUCUAUCCCCACCAGAUUUCCUCUCCGUUCCCAAACCAAAAUCUUGCUUAUUUCUAAGACGCAAUAACUCAUAUCUGCCACUUGCCUCACCAACCACCAUCUCAUCCAAAAGGACCAUUAUUUUACAGUACCCACUUCAGAGAAGCAGAAGAAAAAACAUCCAAAUUUGGAGAAUUUAUGCAAUCCCAGAUGAAGCAGCUCUACCUUCAGAAGCAAACCCACUUGAGAAUUCCCAGAAGAUAGUUUCCAGUAGUGGUGAUGAUGGUGUUAAUUACUUCAUUUCUAUACUUCUCUUCAUUGCCUUUAUCGGUCUGUCUAUUCUCACUGUUGGGAUUAUCUACAUUGCUGUGACAGAUUUCUUGCAGAAGAGAGAGAAGGAGAAGUUUGAGAAAGAAGCAGCAGCUCAAAAGAAAAGUGGUGGCAAAAAGAAGAAAGUAAGAGCAAGAGCUGGGCCUAGGGGAUUUGGGCAGAAGAUUGAAGCAGAAGAAGAAGUUGAUGAUUGAAGACGAAAAUGUUCCAUGAAGUCUUUCAGUAUGUUUGCAACUCCAGUUGAAUUAUUCACAUAUUUAUUGUAUUUAAGGAGCUUCAAAAUUCUAUGACAUUGUUGCAACCGUCAGAUUUUGUUAAAUAUGGUUUGGCAUAUAAAAUUCAGAGAGUUCAAUUCA